GGGACACGGCCCCAGCCCCCCCCAGGAUGUCCCCACGCGGUGACCUGUGACACAUGGCGGGGACGAGCAGGGGGUCCCACACUCAUCACCCCCUCCUUAGCGCUCAUUGAUUAAUUCAUGAUCUAACGAACUCACUGAUUAAUUAAUGCUCUAAUGAACUCGUUAAUGAACCAUUGGCUGCCGCGGGGGGGGCGGCGCCGCUGCCCCCCAUAAGUGCCCGCCCUGGGGUGUCCCGGGUGUCCCUUGGGUGGCAUUUCGGGCGCUCUCUGCUUUGGGUUGUGUCACCCCCCCCCAGCCAUGUCCUUCUCGGACAGCAGCUACAGCCGCGACGAGAAGCCCGUGUCCCUCCUUUGGGGGUGCGAGCUGAGCAGCGCCAGGAGCUCCCACACCUUCCAGGUGCCCGAGGACUGGAGCUGUGACCAGCAGCUGGUCCUGCGCACGAUCUGCCUGGGGGAGGCGGCCCGCGAUGAAUUCCACGUGGUGGAGGUGACAGCCGAGGACAGCGAGAGCCGCACCCCGGUGCCCCUGGCCACGCUGAAACCCUCGGUGCUGCCCAUGGCCACGCUGGACGGGAUGGAGCUGAGCCCACCCGCGACUUUCCGCCUGCGAGCCGGCUCCGGGCCCGUUUAUAUCAGCGGGCAGCUCGUGAUCCUGCUGCAGAGCUCGGAUGAGGAUGAUGAGGAGGAUGAUGAAGAGGAUGAUGAGGAGGAAGCCGUGGAGGAGCCCCCCAAGAAGCCCCCCAAGCGUUCGGGUGCCCAGAAGGGCAGCAGUGCCAAGGGCAGCAGUGCCAAGAAAAGGAAGCUGGAAAAGGAGGAUGAGCUCAGGAACAGCCUCGCCCCCAAGGCUCCCCUUCCCAGCAAGGGCCGUGGAGCCGCCCGGGGCAGGAAAGCAGCGGCCAAGAAAUGACGGGAAUCGUGAAUUCCAUCUGAGUGUGGCCAGGUGCUGGAGGCAGCAGGAGCUCUGCUGGUGGCGGUGUCACUC